AUAUGCGCCUCGCUCAGGAUCACGACAUUUGAUGCGCGUCGCGGUGCCAAAACAAACAAGUUUUGCUGUUGAUGUUUGCUCGCAAAUAUUUUCCAGGUAUCAUCAGAUAUUUCUUUCGCGCGUGGGAACGUACCGAUAUAGUUAUAGCAGGAGAUAUCAAUGCGUUAACUACUUUCUUGUACAUUAAGAGGAUCUCGUCCCAAACAUGCAAAUAGCUAUCUCAAGUGGCCAUGCGUUUUUUAGAGCAUCUCAAUUUCUUUUUGUCCAAGUAAAUGGCGAUGUGAUAUCGGGCAUCGAAACUCUAUGAACAUUGCAAAUGUAAGCUGUUUGAACAUCCAAUCAAUUUUAGCUAUAUAUAGCUACAUAUAUAUUUAUAUUGAUGAGGUCGGGACUUUUGAUGCUUGUGUAACACAGACGCGAUUUUUUUCAUGUGAAAAUGGAGCAGGUCGAUGUGAGAUAGGCCGUGGUUUUUUUGUUCGCGCGUGCUGGUCUAUUGCACGCUCUCGAAAGAAAGUAGCAGUGGUCUAGCGAAGCUGCAUACGUAUUCAAUCCAAGUGUUGGAGGAACUUUUUUGAAGUCAGGUCAUAAGCGGUUUGCUGAGUAGAACACUCGUCCAAGAUGAAGUCCACGGGAUUUACAGUCAGUCAUAUCUUGGACAACGUAGAACCGGAGCACGUUAGCGAAAGGAAAAACGAAACUCGUAAACCAGUGAAUGACAGAGUGUCGUCCGCGCAACAACAGCUAUCGCCCGGCGUGGAAAUGAAACUUAACAUUGUACUUCAAGAAGCCGAUCUUUGGAAGAAGUUUCACUCGUUAAUGAACGAGAUGAUAGUGACGAAGAACGGACGGAGAAUGUUUCCAGUCAUCAAAAUAUCCGUAAAUGGUUUGGACCCGCAGUCAAUGUACUCGUUCCUGCUUGAUUUUGUUCCAGUCAGCGAUACAAGAUGGAAAUACGUAAACGGAGAAUGGAUUCCUGGCGGGAAAGCAGAACCGUCAAGUCCGAGCAAUCUUUAUCUGCAUCCCGACUCACCAAACUUUGGAUCCCACUGGAUGAGGCAAUCAAUUUCAUUUUCAAAGGUUAAGCUGACAAACAAGCAAAAUUCUAAUGGACAGAUCAUGCUGAACUCCCUGCAUAAGUACGAACCUCGAGUUCACAUCAUGAAAGUUGGUUCUUCGUACGAACAACAAACUGUAUUGACCCAUUCAUUCGCCGAAACACAAUUUGUCGCUGUUACAGCCUAUCAAAAUGAAGAGAUAACAUCGUUGAAAAUCAAAUUCAAUCCCUUCGCCAAAGCUUUCCUGGACGCCAAAGAAAGGCACGAGCACAAAGAAACGGAGACAGUGCAGGAAAGUCAGGCAAACUGUCCAACUUAUAGUUGGCUAUGUUCGUCAGGCAUGCAUUCAGCCAAUCACAGCUCACAUCAUCACAGAUUCCACUCGUGUGAUCGAUUUUCGUUACGUAAUCAUCGUUCCAAUCCAUACAAUAGUUCGUUUGUGAAGCGGCCACAAUUUCCCUCUCCAGGAUCAUCUCACCCUUACUACGAGGCGCAAUCGUCCCAUUUUGAAUUUCUCUCAAGAGCGACUUGUGAUCCGCAUAAUCCAUUAUGGAUCCCUGCUACCACUUCGUCUUCUUUACCCGAAAGUAUUCGCUAUCAUCAUCACAGCGAAUUGAGCAAACUCACGCCCCCGGCAUUUGGCAUCGGGGGUCACAUUCCGACAUUAGCUUCAGCCGGAUUCGGACACUGGACAUAGUAUCUCAACCGAAAUUAUGCGACAUCUUUCCUUAAUUUUGGCGUACAUAAAACUUGAAAGAGUCAAUACAGAUUAUAUAACAAUAAUUUUUAAUGUAUUCCUGUAUAGUAGCUGUGGGAUUUUAUUAUCAACGCAAGCGCCUAACAUCGACAUACAUAUCAUAUCACAUAUAACUAUCAUACUGAUCAUCUCCUUUGAUUUUGUGUUAGCGCUGUCAGUUGUGGAUCCGCGAUGGUUUUGUUGGGGUACUCUAGUGUGAAUUUGAUUUCAGUGGCUAGUGGUUGCCGUAACAUGUUGUCAAAUUUUGUUUUUUUCAUUAUGAUUGGGAGAUUUUUAGAAGUGCGCUCCAUUAGCUUUUACUCCAUUUAUUUUUGCAAAUCAGUACCACACCUCGCACCCCUCCUGAAUUCAUCUCUUGGCGUUACGGACGCCUUUGAUUCACCACACAGCCACAGAAUAGACUCGGCCAUUUCAGGAAACUGAGGGAAAUGCCAACCAUUUUGAAUGUAUCCAGGGAACAGCAAGUGCAGGGAGUGAUUGCUCCCGCUUUCUGCCCCGACCGAGUGGCGAGUCAAUGUCAGUAUAGCAUUCACACAAAAAUCAUUGGAGAUGAUGAUAUUCUGUGUGUUAGUGUCAUGUGAUAUGAACAAUCAUGCUACUGCAACGAAGUCUUGUAAAUAGAUUAAAAAUGUAAUUUUACUUAGUAUUUGUUGGUAUUUAUGGUAAAUGAUCUUAUAUUGCUCAA